GGUUCGUCUCGGUACAUUGAGGUGGUCGGUGAGGAUGGUGAGAAAAAGCAGCUAACCAUCCUCGUUAAGGUUCUUCAGUAUCUUGAUUUUAUAAAAAGAUUGCAGCGCCUUUUCAUCGCGAAGGAGUCUGCCAAAAUGAUGAAGUGGCACAAGGAAGGUAUAAGGUACAAUCCAAAAAAAAUCGUACAUCCAUCGGAAGGGGAAGCAUGGAAGUCGUUCGAUGAAGAAUACCCCGAGGAAGCAGCCGAGGCUGGGAAUGUCAGAAUAGCCAUAUCAGGUGAUGGGUUGAAUCCAUAUGAAAUUCUAUCGAGUUCUCCCGGAGCACAGGGCCAGAGCGGACCAGAUCGUGCUACGCCAAUGCAAGAAGAAGGCCCGCCAGAUGCAGUACGAGGUGCGCUAUGUGGCCAUCUCGACAUACCAUCACGACUAUCUUGGUGUGAAGAUGACCAAGGAAGACGCGCGGAGGAUGGGCAUUACCUUGGAGAGGGACGAGUUCUUGAAGGUGUUACCAAAUUGGUGUUAUGGAAAAGACGAGUCCUGGGCGGCAUUGGUGGAUCUUUGGUGUGAUGAGGCUGGAGCCUGGGCGGCUAUGAGAGUCAAAAACAAG